GCUCCUUUCUCUUUCUCUCUCACUCACUUUCUUUCUCUGUACAACUUGGAAGCUUUCUCUCUCUCAAAACAAAGCUCCUCGAGAGGGGUUUUGACGAAAAUGCAGUUGAGGUUUCAGCUUUAGGGGAGAAGCUCUGUAACGAAGGGAAAACAAGGGAGGGUUAAGGAGACAGAGGGUGUUUUGAAUGGAGCAGUUUAUUCUCACUGCCAUGGCUUCUUCUCAGUUCAGAAGAUUCUCAGGAAGAAGCCCAGGUUUUUUGUUCAACAGGAAGAAGCGCAGGUGGUGAUAACAAAGAAAACCAAAAAAGGUCUUAGAAGAUUAAAAAGGCUUUAAUAUGUCGAAUUGGUUGCCUUGAGCAGCCAGUGUUAACAUGCAAAGCCAGGUGGGGAUUCCGAUGAUAUGUCGGCUGAGGUUGUCAAGAAUUCUUGGAAAAAUGAGCAAAGGAAUCAGUCGUGAUUAGCAAAGGGGAGGUAAAAAUUGCAUCUGUAGGAUCUUCUUAGAUGUGGUUUAAUGCUGAUGACUCAAAUGGUUUCCCUGAAUUAGGGAAGAAUUACAACUAUAUAAUAAUUGAUCAACUCUUGCUAUAUGGAUACCGUGUAACCAUGACAACUUUCUCUUUCUUUUUCCUCCUUUUAGGCUCUUUGGAAUUUUUUACAAUAGUAGUUACUGCUUUAUAUAUCAAAAUUUAGUGCUUUUUCUUAUGGAUCAAUAUAGGGCUCUGAUUUUGUGGCAAAAGCUAUGGAUUUAGCAGCCAGAGAAUUAAUAACAAGUGCAUCACUAGGACAACGUUUGAUCUGUGUUGCUUUUUGUCUCUUGCUGUGAAUCCUGAUAUGUGCCAAAUUAAAUAUAGGCUUCCUGCAAUGGUAGUUACACAGGUACAGCUUGACCGUGCCAAGGUAUCCACGAAGUCUGCAGUUCUAAUGAAUUUAGAGUCCAGAGAUAUCAGAAGAGAGCUUGAAAUGGAAAUAAUUGAGGAACAUACGGUGAUGGAAUAUUCUAAGGUCAACAAGAAAUGUGAAAAAUGUGGCCAUGGGGAAGCUACCUAUUAUACUAGACAGAUGAGAUCAACAGACAAAGGACAAACUACUUUCUACGCAUGUACCGGCUGUGGUCAUCCGUCUCAGGAGAAUUAGUGGUUUACUUUAAGGUUAUGCUUAGUUUGGGAGAGAAAAGUGCAAGGAAAAAGAAAGAUAAAGAGUGAAAACUCAGAUGAUUUUUUGGUAGGAGAGAAAAUGAAAAGAAAGUUAUUUUUUUUUCUUCUUAUUUGAUUGUGUA